UCCCCCAAACAUCGCGAGAGUUGCGAGCAGCGCGAGAGUACGGCGUCUGCUCGGCAUAGCAACAUUAGCCGAACAACAGCCGCCGAUAGCGGAGGAUCGUCCCGUUAUGUGGCCCGGAGCGCCGGUGAACCGGGAGCCAGCUCCAGCCGCAGACACGCACCGAGACGCCGGGCCGCGGCGGGGAACAGGAUGUGGCGUCUCCUCUCUGGAUGCGGGACUCCAUCGCUCCAUGCCGACGCUGUGACUCCCCAGAGCUGCUGUGACCGUUGCCGUGGUGACUCGUUUGGCCGUGACUGAUUGGACGCCCGACAGGAGGAUGUAGCUGGAGGCGGGAAGCUGCUGGACCGUCCCGUCUGUCUCUCCGUUGUGAAUUUGGAUCCGAUGGUCCGCGGUUUGCCGCCGGACGUCGCCCUCGACGCGUGUUUGAUCUGAAUCGUGUGGUCGGCAGGAUGAACGGCUCUCUGCUGACUCCGCCCAGCCCGCGGGCGGCCGCCAACUCCUCCCCCCUGCCCCCCUCCCCCUCCCCGUCCCCGCCCUCCCCCUCCCUGCUGCCCCUGUCCCCCCGGCCCCCGCCCCUCCCCCCGCUGAUGAGCUCGCCGCCGCCGGCUCACCCCUCCUCGCUGUCUGACACGCCCACGCCGUCCCCCUCGCCGUGCCUGAGCUGGACCGAAUUCUGUGAGCUCCACGCCCGCGUGGCCGCCGGCGACUUCGCGCGCCACUUCCGGGCUUUCCUCCAGGAGAACCCGCACUACUCCACCAACUCGGCGGCCGCGUUCUGCCGGCGAUUCACCGACCGUUUCGUGCGCCACUUCCAGAGCGAGCUGGAGGGGGCGCUGCCGCCAAGCUGCGCCGCCGGCCGGGACGAUUUGGCGAGCUGGGCUCCCCAGUCGGACGCCACUUCCCUGGAAGAGGAGGCGGUCUCGCCGCUCUCGGCCACCGGGGGCGCCAUCCUCCUCUGUCCCCAGGCCAACGCUACGCGCGCCGCGUCCAAACCGGCUCCGACCCGGCUGGUGCUGGAGAACCGUGGCGGGGAACGCUUCCAGGACUCGUACGCCCACGGCCAGGUGCUGCCGCCCUCCUCGUCCUCGUCGUGCUGCUCCUCGGUCGGCGGCACCAACGGGAGGCGCGAGGAGAGGACCGCCGCGCCGGCGCCGGACAACGGUGAGGCGCCGGUGGAGGAAGAGGAGGACAGCUGGCUCGGAGUGCCGUCCGUCGAAGAGGACGCCGAGCAGGAGGAGCGCGAGUCGUCCGAACUGGACAACGGCGACGGCUGUCCGGCGACGCCCUCGUCCGUCACGCUGCCGCCCGGCACCAAAGGAAACGGCGGCGCGGCCGGCGCCUCCAAAAACAAACUGAGGAAGCGCUUCUCGCUGCGCAGCGUGGGCCGCAGCGUGCGCGGCAGCGUGCGCGGCAUCCUGCAGUGGCGCAGCUCGUCCAGCGACUCGGCGCAGAGCCCGCUGCCCUCCAGCUACAGCUACACCAUGGGCGUGCAGGACGCCAGCCUAGGCCCCGCCUCCAAGAGGAACUCUGGUACGCAGCCCCCCACCCCCACCUCCUCCAUGCCCGUGUCGCUGUCCAUGCCCCUGUCCCUGCCCCACUCCUCCUCCUCCUCUCUGCCGCCGUCGUCCUCCAGCAGCGCCACCUCGCUGUCGCUGUCGGAGGCCGCUCGUGAUCGGCGGCGGAGCAACGGCGAGGGAGGUGAGAAGGAGAAGUGGAGCCACCGCCUGGAGAAGCUCCGGCUGUCACGCUCCCCCCCUCCUGUCCUCACCCCAACCUCCACCGCCUCGUCGGCGCUGCCCCCCAGCGGCGGCGGCGCGGGCCCCCCGAGGAAGGUGGGCCGGCUGGUGCGGGAAGGCGGCGUGAGCGUCAGCUCCUCCAGCGACGAGCUGAGCGGCAGCCACGGCUUCUCGGGCUUCUCCUUCGGCCUGCUGCACCACGCCGCCGACAGCGCCGCCGCCGCCGCGGGCGGCCCGCCGCAGCCGCUGGCCAGCGGAGGAAACGUGCCGUGGCGAGGAGGCCGGUGGCACAAGUGUCGACUGGUUCUUCGAGAGCGGGACAGAGAGGGCGGCGAGCGCGGAGAGGAGUACUACCUGGAGUUCUUCAUCCCUCCGAAAUCCUCGAAGCCCCGUCUCACCGUGUCCUGCUGCUCCAUCGUGGACGUGAGGAGCACGACGGCUCUGGAGGUCCCCGACAAGGAGAACACCUUCCUGCUGCAGCUGGAAGGCGCGGCGCAGUACGUGAUCGAAACUCGGGACGCCGUUCAGAUGAGGGCGUGGCUCAGCGACAUCAGGAACGGCAUCUGUCUCAGCGAGCAGGACGACGCCGAGGGAGGGUGCGGAGGACCGCUGGACGUCAGUGGGACGCCGGAGAUCGGCGAGCGGCUGUCACAAGUGUGUUACGGAGGGAUCGGAGGCUCCUCCCCCCUGAUGGACCCCCUCCCGCCGGAGCUGCCGCCCCGGGCCCCGCUCGACGAACCGGACGGCCGGAUCCUGGGAGGAGGCGGGGCCAGUCUGGGUACGCCCUUCGCAGAGACCCCGGACGCCACCGGUUCCUUCCUGUUCUCGGAGGCGGCGCCGGCGGAGGCGGUGGAGCACCCGCUCAGCGAGUGCCAGUGGUUCCACGGCACGCUGUCGCGCCUCAAGGCCGCCCAGCUGGUGCUGGCCGGCGGCCCCGCCAGCCACGGCGUCUUCCUGGUGCGGCAGAGCGAGACGCGGCGGGGGGAGUACGUCCUCACCUUCAACUUCCAGGGCAAAGCUAAGCACCUGCGCCUGUCGCUGAACGAGGACGGCCAGUGCCGCGUGCAGCACCUGUGGUUCCAGUCCAUCUUCGACAUGCUGGAGCACUUCCGCGUUCACCCCAUCCCGCUGGAGUCCGGCGGCGCCUCCGACGUCACGCUCAUCAGCUUCGUGGGCGCCACCGCCGUCCGGCAGCCGGGCCGAGACCGAGCCGGCAGUCGACCCACAGUCUGUGACGUGAUCACCUCCACGCGCCAUCCCGACUCUCCAUCAACCCCCAUCUCUGACUGUGUACUUGACCAGCAGACCCCGUAGCCCCCCGCAGCCGCCUCCUCUGCCGCCGGGACGCCCGCCGCCGCCGACUCCUCCCCAGGAGAGAGUGUCCGAGGCCGAGCCGGGAGGAGCAGGUGGAGCGGGUGGAG